UUGCAAUUUCAUUGUUACGUCACGAUUGUUUGAAAAAGUUCAAUUGAAUAUUAUGACGAAACAAUAAACAUAAAGCCGUAGUUAAUAUUCAUUUAAUGAAAAAAUUAAACUAAAUUUUGCAAAAUCAUUUGUAAUUGUGUUGUAUUAUGACAUCACGCAUGCAAUUGUUUUGCAGAAGUAGAUGAACAAUGGAGUUAGCUACCCUCAAGUUUUACAAUGUUAUUGUUCUUGGAUUUGCUUUUAUGUUAAUGUUCACUGGAUUCCAAACUUGUGGAAUGAUUGAGCAAACGGUGUUGAACAGUUACAAGAACGAGACGAAAGUUAACGGGACAGUGACGUAUCAUGGUGAUGGAUAUACAAGCCUUGCGAUCAUUUACAUCGUGUUUGCGUUCGCCAACUGGUUAGCGCCCUCAGUGGUGAGUUUGUUGGGAGCGAAAUACUCGAUGGUGUUCGGUGGGAUUACCUACACAUUAUACUUAUCGAGUUUCAUCAAACCAGUGACAGCCACGCUGUAUAUCGGAUCAGUGUUAAUUGGGAUCGGAGCAGCAGUAUUAUGGACGGGGCAAGGAGCUUUCUUAACAAUGAACUCUGAUGAGGUAACAAUGGGCAGGAACAGCGGGAUAUUCUGGGCCAUGCUACAAUGCAGUUUGUUGAUUGGGAAUAUUUAUGUGUUCUUUGCAUGGCAGGGCGUUACGACUAUAUUAGAUCACCAGCGUAUCCCGCUAUAUAUCGCCCUUACCUCGGUUUGUGCCCUUGGUACGGCUCUACUCUUCAUAUUAAUGCGUCAGCCAACUCAACCACCAGAAGUUGACGAUGAAACAACUGACGAAAAUCAAGUUGAAGUCAGAGAGAAAUCACCAUUGAAGGAAGCUUGGGAGGCAUUGCUUGACUCGGUUCGAUUGUUCAUGACGCCCAACAUGAUGAUAUUAAGUAUCACGUUCUUUUACACUGGACUUGAGUUGACGUUCUUCAGCGGGGUGUACACGACAGCCGUUGGGGCAACCAAGAUGUUCGGCGAGGAUUCCGAUAAACUUGUGGGGUUGACGGGAAUCAUGAUUGGAGUGGGAGAGAUAUUAGGUGGGGCACUGUUUGGUAUCUUUGGGAAAAAGUUGACGCGUUACGGACGAGACCCGGUGGUCCUUCUUGGGGGGGUGGUCCAUCUUGCCUCAUUCUUCCUCAUAUUUAUCAAUAUACCUGAUGAUGCUCCAAUACAUGGGACGCACGAUCAAGCAUAUAUCUACCCAAACCAAUAUCUUGCCGUGUCGUGCGGGUUCCUCCUUGGUCUAGCGGACGCUUGCUUCAACACCCAAUGUUACGCAAUAAUCGGCACUUGUUACCCGGACAACAGCGCUCCUGCGUUCGCGUUAUUCAAAUUCGAACAGUCGUUAGCAGCAGCGAUCGGUUUCUUCUAUAGCUCCCAUCUUGCACUAAAGUGGCAACUAUUGAUACUAGUCGUGUUCGCUGUGGGGGGUACGUCAUCUUUCUUCGUGGUUGAAAGGAAAACACGUCGAUCGUCAUCUGCAGUUGAAUAUUCCAGCAUCGAAUAAACGUUCAUUGUUAUUAAAUAAUUCAAACAAUCACCUGUAUUGCAUCAUUAUUGUAUAUUAUGACGUCACAAACUAUGAUUCUUAUUUAUCCUUAUGUAACAAUGGCUUUCCUGGUAGAUUCGUUGCAAUAAAAUAUCCUGAUGACGUAAUGAUGACGUCACAUCCAUAAAAAA